UAUAUAAUUUCUAAUUAUUUCUUAUCAUCCGCAUGACAACUCUGUGAAAAAAUGUACAUAAAUGUACAUAUGUGCAGACGGCAGGAGGUGCCCGUUUUGGUGGAGGAGUCGAGGAAAAAUAAAGUCGAGAUAGAUCGCUUUUAGAGAUGCAAAGCAGAGAUACGGAGCCGCUGAGAUACAAAGAUACAAAGAUACAAAGAUUCGGAUGCACACACAAAACGCCAAAGACUUGAAACCGCCUUGUGAUUUAUAUAUUUACUUUUGUUUAUACUUUGUAUGUUUUUUCUCUCCCCCCUUUUUGUUUUUAUGCUAUUUACCCAUUUUUGUUUUGUUGUUUAACUAAUAACUUGCGCUAAGUUUACAAGAGGGUUUGUUUGUUUGUUUUUUGCUGGGAAUGUAACCUGCUGCCGCUGAUUUCUUGUGGCGAUUAUGGGUGGUGCACGAUAAUUGGAGGCAAUUUACGAUCGGAUCUGGAGGUUCAAAGUCAGGGUCACAGAGCGCUGAGACUUUGCCAUCAAGUCAAUCCGAGUUUUGUGUACACCCUGCUUUUUGGCAAAUUCAAUCCUAGUUGAGAUGGCCGGCCAAAAGGAGGAGAUCUUGGGCUGUGACUUUGAGGUGCGUGGCAAGUUGCCCAAGGAAGCCUUCGAGCUGUUUGCAGUGGUCCAGGCCAAUACACUGGGACUCCGGGGAUUCAUCACCCAGGUGUCCGAGGAGAAGUUCAAGGGUCGUCUGGAGGGCGAGGGCAAGGUGAUCGAUGCCUUCAAGAAGUUCAUCCUGGCCGCCUCCGAGUUCGUGCAGGCCAUCAAGGAGUUCAUCAUCAAGAACCUGAAAGUCAUCAAGGAAUACACCUACAAGACCUUCGAAAUCAAGGUGGAACGGAAAUGAUCAAAGGAAUAGCUCCAAUUCUGCCAAAAUAUUUCCAAUGCAUAAAUUUGAUUAAAACGGCUAUCAUUAUGAUUCUAUCCAUUAUGAUUUGCCUAAUAUGUUUGUUGUAUGGAUGUAACAAGGUAUUUUCCGAAUAAAAUUGCACAGAUUCAACAC